UAACUAAUUUAGUUCGAAAUCAAUCACAGAAACUGACCAUUUUACAGACAAUAUUACGUUCAAAUUGUGAUGAGCGGGGUUUUAAAAUUACUCGGUACUAGUGAUGUACACCUGUGAGCUUUGUGAUCUUUCAUUUAAAACAGAACAGGAAAGUUAUGAACAUGACAUUAGUGAAAAGCACCACAAAAAGUUUGAGGAAAAUGAGUUCAAUUAUGGACGGCAACCAUCUCAUUUUUGUUCUAUAUGCUAUUGUGGAAACAUACAGGGCUAUAAGUGCUGGAUCAACCACACACAGAAUUCUCGUCAUAAAGCAAAUUUGAAGUAUUUCUAUGAAUUUUAUGGAGCUGACCCCAAAACUGUGUUAGUACAAGAACCAGUUCAGUCUAGUCGCGAACCUAAAACAUGUCAAAAAUCUGACCUAGUCAGCAACGGUUUUCGCACACACAAUGGGAAACGUUCGUCUGAUACCUUUCAAUCAUCACAUAACAAAUGUAAUAGAAAUAUUUCUUCUACUCAGUUAUCUAAGAAAUCAAAAAUUUCAAACUGUUCUGAUGUUCAUGAGGGUGGGAUGAUGUUAAACAUUUUAGAAACUAUUGAUAAAGAUUCAGUAAAUACACGUAAGCAAGAGAAGCAAACUCAAAAGAUAACCACUAUUAACUCUAAAGGUAAACAUCAGAGUGUAUCAAAACGGUUGACUAAUGAAUCACGCUACAAAGUAAGUAAAUCUACUAGUUCCAACCGUUGUGAUUCUAAAAAAAUGAAAUAUGGACGGGAGACUUAUUCCCCUGUUUACCCCGAAACACUUGAGUGCCUACCAACCUCUAUAAAACCAAUUACAAUUCAACCUCCUAACGAAGACACAAAUAAAACUGGAGAACUCCAGUGUAUGGAGAAAGCAUUAAUAAUUUCUCAAGAACUUCAGUCACUUAAAAUCAAACAAGAUGAACUGGAGGAAAAAUUACGGACUACUGAAACUGAGUUAAAUUUGGUCAAAGCUAAAAGGCGUGAGUUGAAACAGGAACGAUCCAAUCUACUACAAGGACUUAAUCAUUCGGACUCUGACAUUGAGAGUCACGUGAAUACUUCUCGUUCUGAGCCAACCGAUAUACGACAAAAUGUCUCCUUACCAAUUCAAAAAUCGCAUGUGAAAGUUGUUGCUUCUAUAGCUCCUUUGGAUACACCUGAUGUUGGAACAUCGCAUCCUACUCAUUUCAUGCCAAAUCCAAAAGCAGUAAAUAAACAACAAAUUGAUAUACCGUCAAGUUUAUCGUCCGAUGUAACAAGCAAUCAACAACCAGAAUUAAACCAGUCUAAAAGUGCUAUCACAUCCUCGCCAUCAGUCCCUGAAACUACUUUCAAUGUUCCUACAACCUCACGUGUUCCUUCGAGUGAUGCCUCUGCAGCUCAACAAGAAACAUUAUCUGUUCCAUUUAAUCCAAUACCUACCAGUUCAAAUUCUAAUGGUGUUGAUUUAGAACGUCUAGCUUUAAUACGUCAAGCUCUUCAGUCGCCAAACAGCUGGCAGUUCACCUUUGAUGAAGUUGAUCAAAUGCUAAAGCAAGCAGCAGCUAAGAUUUCCGCCAAAACAGUUGAUCAAAAUGUUGGAUCGUUAGGACACCCAUCUCAAACAAGACCUACUUCAGACUUACCACUGACAGUCGAAGAUAAAAUCACACCUCCGAUAAAAGGUGAGCCAGUCAUCUACCCAACAGCAAAGAUUAAAGAGCAAUCAAUAAACUCGAAUGAAAAAACUCGCACCGUCACAUUCGAUUCAUUUAAAACUACCGACCCUCCAAGCUUACCACUCGUACCCUCGAUUCUUCGCAUGUCACCUCCAAAACAAGUGGAUAAAUCCCAUAUAUCUUCUUCCUCUUCGACAUCAUCAUCAUCAGAUGAUGAUGAUGAUGGUGGUAACGAUAAUCAUGAGAAAACGUGUAAAGACAAGAAAAUUUCAUUUACUUUUAGAGCAAAAGUUGAAACUGACAUGAGUUGUCCUCUUUUGAAAUCAGAAUCAAAAUCUUCAGGAACAUUACCCAAUAAGGGUAAUAUUAAAAUAGGUGAAUUUCAUGCUUUUGGUGGCUGUGCUACUGCUGUGAUUGAUAUGGCUAUAAACCCGAUUACUAAUGUGGCUUAUAUUGGAGGACAGAACGGUACUAUUGUUGAAUGUGACCUAAAAACUCACCACUGUAUAUCUAAACUUCCACCUAGAGAUGCUAGCAUUACGAAAUUGUGCUUAAAUCCUAAUGGUGAAUCAAUUUAUGUUGGCUAUUAUGACCAUUAUUUUGGUGAAUACAGCCUACAAGUUAGUAGUUAUUUAUUUGUUUCUCUAUAAAGGAUUUUUAUGUAGGUUUUCCUGUUUUCUGUUUUUCUUGUAAAAUAGACACAAAUUAUCUUGAUUAUUUAACACUCUACCUUUGCUAUAGAAAAUAUUAUUAAAAUAUGUAGUCUUCAUUUAUCAUUGUUGUUGUUUUAAUGAAUUAUAUUUUUUUUUUCAUUCUAAUCUCACAUCUGGGUAAAAUUAAAUCCAAAGAAGUGCUUCGAGAACAUUCAUUUACUUCCCUCUUCUUUUCACUGGGAUAUCAAUAUCAAAUGAAUAUAAGCUUCAUUUUUCUGUCCGUAAUUGUACUUUGAGAGGAAGCGUCAUUUGAUUUCUGUGACUUCUGUAAUGACAUGAAAUUAUACAUGAAGUCGAACAUCUCUUGAAAUACUACCUUGUUUGACCUUUGAAUGGACCAUUGACAAUGGUUUAUUUAGUUUGCAAGAGGGAUGCUGAAGUAUUCUGUUCAAUAGUCAAAUGACCUUUUAUUGAAUUAAAAAUGAACUGAUUCUGCUCACUUUUUUCAAGAUUGCACAAUAUUGUAUACUCUGCUAUUGAUAACCUGUAACAGAAGUCAGUAGGUCAUAGUCAUCCCAAAGCCCGGGAUAAAUUUGAAUCAGUUGCACCACAUCAGCACCGCAAGUUAAAGUGACGAAAGUCGAUUCUAUAUUUCUCACAAUUAUGAGCUGCUGACACUGAAGGUACCACAUAAUCCUUAUCUAUUUCAUUUUGUGUUUUGUUUUUCUACAGACCAGUUUGCUGAUACAUAAGAAUAUUUUUUCUAGUCGUAUCGCGGCACUAGCAGUUGCCCCAUCACCUGAAGUUCCAUUUAUAUUUUUGGGCCUUUUUAAUGGUGACAUAUUGCGUUAUAAUCUUGGGACACAUGCAAUUGGUUUUCUAUGCCGACACACAACUGGUUGCUACCAAUCUGAUUUUCCAAAUGAUAAAACAAAAACUUGUUUAAAACAGCAAUCACAAACUCCGGACUCAAAUGAAUCGGCUGGUAUCACUUCACUGUGUCUUGUUCAGUCAGGAACCUCUUUACUACUAAUUGUUGCUGGUUUAGUAAGUUUUCUUUUUUUUUAAAUUUGACUAAGUCCUCUGUAAUUGAUCAUUUCAUUUCUUCUGUGUAAGUUAAAUGAGUAUUAAUUCGAAUGAACAGCUAGGUCGAAUUGUGUAUUUUAUUUUUGGAGGUUAGAACUUCUUAUAUUUGGAAUUAAUAGAACAAUAAAUUAUCAUUCUAAUUACUACCGUAACACUAUGCAGCUUGUGAUAUUUUUCCCAACUUCUGUAUACCAAAACAAAAUAUGGGAGUUAAUUUAGAAUACGUCACUCUACAUAGUAAUAGCAGCCUUUUAAAUAACUAAUCUUAUUCCAUCUAUCUUUUUUAUUCCAAAUUUUAGGACCGAUCUAUUUGUAUUCGUUCAGCCAGCGAUGGUACAUUAAUGUGUUGCAUCCAGAGUUCUGUCCAAAAGGGACCGCCACAAGGUAUAUCAUGUUUACCCAAAGGUUCAUUCUUCUCAUCCUAUUCUGAUCGUUCCAUACGCAUUUAUAAUUGGAAGGUAAUUAUAAAAGUGGAUGAAUUAAGAUUAUGUUUGACUAUUGUCAGUUAUUCUGUUGCAAAAAUUUUCAUCCGGCAGAACAUUAGUAAAUUAAUCAAAGAAAUUGCAUGUUUAACAAAAAUGAAUAAAUUUGCCCUUAUGUAGUAAUAUGUUAUUUUCGUUGUUCUACUAAACAUGCAGUUCCUCAAUGACUUGAACAUUAUUUCUAUAACAAGUGAAGUGAGUCGAAGUCUACUAAGUUUGUAACUGUGAGACUUUAUUCUGCUUUUCACAUGAACUGCAAUCAAACUUGAGUAUCUCGUAAGAAUAUACUCCAGUAACCUCAGUUGAUAUAACUUAAUCUUGUUGUAUGCUUCUUAACUCGAAAAUGAUAAUAAUUUUGUCUGUUGCUGGUGUUUUUGUUAUUUUUCGCCACAGCAAAGAUGUUAAACAGUUAGGCCACGCUUUCUGAAGACUGUUUACUAGUAUAAUCCUAUUCACUUCUGUCAUAGGUAUCAUAUCUACAAAAGAAGCUCCAGUUCAUUUUUUUAUAAUUUUUUCUCCAAUUUAGAUAAUGUAAUCCACUAGGGUAUACAGAUGGUGUUGUUGUAGUAGAUGAAGACGCUGAUUAAAUACAGGAACUUCUGAACAUUUUGGGUGGUAACACGAGAGUGUUGAUACCUAGUUUUAUGGUAAAUAAAAGCAUUUGAUCAUUCUAGAUGGUUCACCUAUUUAUAAUUUUUAGAUCAACUCUAGUGAAUGAUGACAUUUGCCAGGUAUAAACAACUGAGCGAUUUAGCUUUUUUCAAGUAUCAGUUACAGGAUAUUCUAAGAUGAGGUCAAUUUUCAGUGCCUCUUGAAGUUUCCAGUUGACAAGAACUUCACAGUUUUCCUCACUGUCAAACUUGGUUUUUGAAUGGCUUCGAAAAUACUGAAGUAGUAUGAACAGUCUUGUCGGCAUUAGGGCAUUACCACGAAAACUAUAGGUUAACGAUUAUUUAAUGCUGAUAUUACACAACUUCUCAUUCGUUUAUGAGAUGUAUUUCAAAGUAUCGUAAUAUGUUUUAGUUUCAUUAAUUAAUAAAGCUGUAUUUUAGUACCUAAAGGAGUCGACUUUCUGGUUCUCCGAUUCGGGUUCGAAUUCGCUUUUGCUUACUUUGAACCGGAGAUAGUAUAUUGUCAAUAACUGUACCAUUAAAAGUAUGUCUGAUAGUUCAGUGUAGAAACUUGAACCUGGUUACUAAAUUAUGUUGAAAUUAUUGGUUAAUUUUCGUCUUUCAUUGCUACCUGUUCGUUGAAUCAUAUAUAGUAUCAAGAAUUGUCUUGUUUUUAUUUUAUUGUUCUUUUUCUUUUAACCUUCAAGACUGGAUCCUCUGAAUUGACUUUCCAUGUUCAUAAAAUAUCUAGUUCUUGUGUAAUGCAACGCUAUAUUGCUGUAGGUGAUUCAGAAGGCGCAGUUCGUGUUUACAAAUUUCAAGUAAUUUGAAACAGUUGAUGAAAGUUGAUUUGGUUUAAUAAUGCAUUUCAUUUAAUAUAUUCAUCCUACCACUAAAUCUCAAAUAAUAGUAUUUCCUAUUGGUUCUGUAGUGAACAAAACACUAGUUGGGGACAAUCGAAUGUAUUUAAGCAAACAUUACAGACUAUCUCGGUAAAUUCUGAUAACCAAACAAUGAACAGUCAAUUUGCAAAUUAACAACCAAUUGUUUCAAUCUUUACUGUUUCUUCUCUAAUUCCAUUGCUCAUGCAUUUUCCAAACGAUUGCGCUUCAUUUCAGUUCUUUCCUCAUAGGUCUUCUGCGAAAAUACAUUCUAUGUCUGACCCACACCAUAUACUACUUAUGUGGAUAUAAGUAGACAACACCACAGUUCUACCAACAUCAAACUUUGAAAAUUAAAUAAGCUUUUUGAUUGGUUAAUAUUGACUCCCUUAACCAUGUAGUAUUCAUGGUGGAUUACUUUUCCUAGUCAACUAUUUUCCCAUUGUGCUCAUCUUCUAAAUUAGAACAAUAUAUAUAAGCAAACAAGAUUGUUUUCAUUUCGAUCCUCAUCAAAUUUCACUCUAAUAUAUAUGCAUAUACAAAAUUACUAGACCAAUCAAGACACUUUAUGAGUCAAUGAUAUAUAGAUAGAUAGUGAUAAAUUACAUAACUGAACAUGAUAAGUAAAAAGUACAAAUUGAUAGUGUAAUGACAGGUGUACUAGUUGUGAUAAAAAUAACAAAGGCUUGGAACCAUGUCUCAUCAUGAGAAAUAGGUCAAUAACUUGAAAACUAUAGAUGCUGAAAUAACACUCAUAAAAACCAUAAGAUUACGCAAUAAAAAGUGUUCACAUGAUAGGACAAUGAAGCGUAUUUUCGAAAAAAGGAAAAAAGGGGAUGAAGGAAAAUAAACUAACAAAGAAUAUGAAAAAUAAUAAUCAAUGAAACGUUUUAUUAAAACUAAUUCAAGCAAGGAAGACGUUAAGAUGUUACAAAUUUCUUAUAGGUACAAAGACUUGAAUCGCUAGCUUGAAUUCCUAUAGCUUUUGUUGUGUGCGAGAGUUGAGAUCAAACCCCUUAUGGAAAAAUAGUAGAAAUACGAUAAAUCACCGUGAAUGACCUAUUUCUAUCUACUUUUAGUGGCCCAAGAUCUGACUCCAGUUAUAUCGUAUGUUGAUUGUUAUUAAAAUAUACAUACCGUCAACCCUAGUAUAAAAUUAUCGACUCAAGUCGCGUUAGUGAAUAACGGAAUUAAGUAAGUCAAAUACGAGAAUGGAUUUUUGAAUACGUAUAUUUUGUACGCUCAUUGGUUUGAAGAGACAAUCAGAGUAACAAAGCGAAGAAAAGAGAGCGAAGCGAAAUGAAGCUUAGUGAAGGGGUGUGAGCCAACUAGAUUUAAUAAAGCGUUAAUCAAUGUCUAUAGUCAGACAAAAAUAAGCUGCAGAUAUCUGAUGAGUAAGAUCAGAUUUGCACAUACAUACGCUCAUAUAAAAUCAGUCAAGAUUGAUAAGCUAAUAAUUAACAUGGUCAAAAUUGGACUCAAGAAGGAUGAGUAAAUUGGCAUGUCCAGAAACCAGAAUAAGCCAUGUGGGCUUAACAUUGCAACCGACACUACAACCACAUGACCGCUAUCGAUCAAGUGGGAUGGAACAGAGCUGCGUAUUGUUUCGAUGAUACCCUAUCCUGAUCACGAAGGGCGAUGUUCACUGACUCGUGGACUCAGUUAUCUGGUUGUACGUUCGAUAGAGAUUUCUCCAUAGAAUCAGAUGAAAUCAUAAAUACACACUGGUCGUUGGUGUCUCUAAUUCCCCGUUUAUUACAUGUUAGUAUUUCCUCAUAAGACCUUGUGGAUAAUUGUUCUCAAUCAACCUAUUAUGAAUAAGCUCUAUUCCUUUGUAGUUUUUUUCUGAUCUCAUUUUCCUGGCUCCAUUUGCAAUACGUCUAACUAGGUUCCUGUUAUAAUGUGUGUACUGGCCUGCUGAAGCACUUUUCCUAUACACGCUUCUAGUGAUAGAAACGCUUUCUUUUCUGUUUAACAAAAUAUUGCAACUUUCUCAUUAAUACGACUUGGACUGUUAGCUUGAAUUCCUAUGGUCUCUGCUAUGUGUAAGAUUCGAAACUUAUUAUUUUUAUUUAUGUAAUCUAUUCCACUGUUAUCACUGACUUAUAAUCUGCCAUGAUUGGUCUAAUAAUUUCGUAUAUGCAUAUAAUAUUAUUGUAUAUUAGAGUAAAAUCUGAUGAGGAUUUAAUUGAAAGCAAUAUUGUUCGCUUAUAUGUGUUGUUCUAAUUCACAAUAUGGGAAUUAAAAAAAUAUUAAUAUAAGUGGCCGUAGAGGAUUUCGAAAUAAACUCCAUGAAAAACAAAUAUUAACUUGUGUAAUAUGAGAAUUUUCAGAACAUUUUUUCUGGCGAAAAGUAACUGAAUUUUGUAGUGAAUUACUUGUAAGGUAUUAAUUAAUAAUUUUAGAAAACCCAUUACAUUCAUGUUAUUACUUACUUACGCCUGUUACCCC